UGCCAGCUGAGGCGUCUCUGGAUGGCGGCAGCGGCGGCCAUCUUGGUUGAUGUGUCAGCUCCCCGUCUCUCACAGAAGCAGCGAGGACACCCGCUCCGCUCCCUCGGCGGCCCGUUUCCGUCAGGAUCCAACAUGGGGAGGGGGACCGCUCCCCUCGCAGCUAGUCCUCUCAUUCCCAGCUUCCUGGCGAAUUGAUUCCUGAUGAAAAGAUGGAUGAGCAGUUGCCGGAAGAGCAAACAACUCUAGAGACAGUUGACCCAGCAAAGACUGGUGAUAAAUCCUCUAGCUCAACCACUGUUGUAGAAGAUGACAAAUUUCCAGGAACUCAGGAUGGGCUACACAUAGAAAAAAAGGAAAUCCCCUUGGACAAAGAAAACAAUCAAUUAAUGCUGGACCCCUGUUCAGAGGCUACUGAGGCAAGUGGGGAUGGAGACAUACCUGAAGUGCAACAUGUUCCAGACCUUAACGGUGAUGGAGGUAGCUGUUCUAAACCUUUGGAAGCACAAAUAAAAGAAACUAAGAAAGUAGAUUGCUUAUCUGAUGGAGAUAAUGAACAGCAGGUUUUAGAAACUGAUGGGACAAACUCAUCCUUGACAGACUUAUUGCACAAUCCUGUGAAAAGAACUUUUGGGGUCUGUUCAGGAAGCCCAUAUGACACAGAUUGUACUAAGAACCUCAUCUCUACUAUACAGAAUGCUUCCUCUCAGGAGGCUUUGUUGGAAGAAAUAGAGUCUGAACUUCUAUCAGCAGAUUUAUUGAAAGAUCAUAAACUUUCAAAUGGUAUGUGCAAGAAUGAAGCUACAUUGUCUUUAUUGGAAAAAUGCAUGCAAGACAAAUAUCUUCAGCAGGAGCACACAAUAAAGAAAUUGAUUAAAGAGAACAAAAAGCACCAGGAACUAAUUUUGGACAUUUGUUCAGAAAAGGACAAUUUAAGGGAUGAAUUGAAGAAAAGAACAGAAACAGAAAAACAGCACCUCAACAUUAUUAAACAGUUAGAGGUCAGAAUAGAGGACCUCCAAAAAGAAGUUAAAGCUGCUAAAGAUAAACUUACAUCUCAAGAUGUUGCUGCAAAAAAUGCUAUACAGCAAUUGCACAAAGAAAUGGCCUUUCGUACAGAUCAGGCAAACAAGAAAUGUGAAGAAGCUCGCCAAGAAAAGGAAGCAAUGGUAAUGAAGUAUGUUAGAGGAGAAAAGGAAUCCCUAGACCUCCGGAAGGAAAAAGAAAUACUUGAAAGAAAACUGAGAGAUGCAAAUAAAGAAAUUGAAAAGCACACCAACAAAAUCAAACAACUUUCUCAGGAAAAAGCACGCCUGCAGCAGCUCUUUGAAUCCAAGGAAGGUGAAGCCACCAGAAUGUCAAGAGAAAUAGAAAAAUUAAAAGAAGAAAUAAACUCUCACGUGAUCAAAGUAAAAUGGGCCCAAAACAAACUGAAAGCUGAAAUGGAUUUACACAAGGACACUAAAGAUCGGCUUAAAGAGGCAACAACAAAGUUGACCCAAGCAAAAGAAGAAGCUGAUCAGAUACGAAGGAACUGCCAAGAAAUAAUAAAAACAUAUCAGGAAUCUGAAGAAAUCAAAUCAAAUGAAUUGGAUGUAAAACUUCGACUUACAAAAGGGGAACUGGAAAAACACUUGCAGGAGAGAUCUGAUCAUCUAGAGAUACAUCAUGCCAAAAUAAAAGAGCUUGAAGAUGUGAAGCGAACAUUUAAAGAGGGUAUGGAUGAGCUGCGAACACUAAGGACGAAGGUCAAGUGUCUGGAGGAUGAACGAUUGAGAACAGAAGACGAACUGUCAAAAUACAGAGAAAUAAUUAAUCGUCAGAAGGCUGAGAUUCAGAAUCUGUUAGACAAAGUGAAAAUUAUAGAUCAGCUGCAGGAUCAACAUCAGAGGGAUGAACAAGACAUUAACUCUUUGAAAGAAGAAGUGGACAGUCUCAACAAUCUGCUUAAUGACUUCCAAAAGGACAUCGAUGGCAGCCGGAAAAGAGAAUCUGAAUUACUGGUCUUCACUGAGAAGCUGACCACCAAGAAUGCCCAGCUACAGUCAGAAACAAAUUCCUUACAAGUGCAGCUUGAUAAGAUCACCUACAAUGAAAGAGAGUCACAGAAUCAGUUGGAAGUUGUGAAGCAAGCCAGAGAUGAACUGGCAAACAAAUUGCUAAAGGAAGAGGAGCUUCACAGAAACAAUGUUCAGGUGCUGCAGACAGAACUGGCAUCUCAACAGAAGGCAUUAGCAGAUUUAAACACUCAGGUUGAUGAAUUAAAAGAUGAGUUGGUUACUCAGAAACGAAAACAUGCAGCAAACCUUAAGGACCUCACCAAGCAACUUCAACAAGCACGAAGAAAAUUGGAGCAGCUUGAAAAUGGCAACUAUGAUAAAGAAGUCAGCAGUAUGGGGAGUCGUUCUAGCUCAUCAGGAUCUCUUAAUGCUCGAAGCAGUAAUGAAGAUCGUUCCCCAGAAAACAGUGGCUCUUCAGUAGUUGUUGAUCAUUUUCCAGAAGUGGAUAAGACCAUUUUGAUUGAGAGGAUAGUAAGACUCCAGAAAGCACAUGCAAGGAAAAAUGAAAAAAUGGAGUUCAUGGAGGACCAUAUCAAACAGCUUGUGGAAGAAAUCCGAAAGAAAACCAAAAUAAUCCAAAGUUACAUUCUGAGGGAAGAAGCCGGCACCCUUUCAUCUGAGGCCUCCGACUUCAACAAAGUACAUUUAAGCAGACGUGGUGGGAUCAUGGCCUCUCUCUACACAUCACAUCCAGCAGACAGUGGGCUCACGUUAGAACUCUCCCUGGAGAUCAACAGGAAGCUUCAGGCAGUGCUGGAGGAUACUUUAUUGAAAAACAUUACCCUAAAGGAAAACCUGCAAACACUAGGAACCGAAAUAGAACGCUUGAUUAAGCAGCAGCAUGAACUGGAACAGAGGGUGAAGCAGACAUAGCUGAGGGCAAGCCCAAGAAGGCAGCAAAGGCAGGUGCUUCAAAUCCUGACAGUAUAGAAACCGGAUGUCUGCCAGCGUCUUCUGUCAAAUCCCAUGAAGCUUUAACAAAGCAAACCUACGUGUGCUUGUAAGCAAGGCUUUACAAGACCACAGUCCUGGUGCCUGCUUUGCCCAAAGUAAUGGAGAGUUUGCAUUUUUCUGAAUAUCAUUUGCAUUCAUUUUGCAUUUUAUGAAACACUAUAUCAGCACCUCCAACUUGUACUUAUAUUUAAAGUGGAAAAAACACUUUGUUUUGUGCAAUUAAGUUACCUUAUUAAUGAAGAAGUUUGAAAAAAGUAUGUAAUCCUGGUAGGUGCCCGAACCCACUCCCAUUCUAGGUGUUUGAUUCAAAGGAGUUUCUUGUUGGACUUAUUAAAGUUACUGCCUACUGGAGUAUAGGUCCCCCCUCCUAAUAUACAUUCAUUUUGGGUUUUUUUAAUUGUCAAAUUUUAUUUAUAUCAUGCAUUAAAAGGGCUUUACAAUAGACUGUAUUUUCUUAAUUUCACAGUCUAAAGCAAUUUUACUAGUAAAAAUAUUUUUUAAAGUGAAUUCCUUAGGUUCAAAUUGGUUGCUUGUUUGUUUUUUAAUUAAAGAGAACACACUGAAUAGGAAACCCCUUCUGUGUUUACUUGGCAUCAGCUGUUGAAACCUAGCCUUGUACUGGUUGGACUGAUUAACAAAAUGCAUUAGAGAAUUGAGAUGAGAGUUGAGAGGCAACUCUGAACCUUAGAAACAGCUGUUGUAAAUUGAAAUGAAAGCAACAGUAGCAUGUAUGUGUUGCAGCAUAAACAGAGGCGAUAUGUUGCACUACAUUUCUGUACAAAUAGUGACACUGUUGUGGAUUCUAGGAAGAGAAUGGGGAAUUUGUUUGGACUCUUGAGUUGCAGAAAUCAUUUUCUUAGCAAUGAUAGCCUAAUAACUUCUUCUUGAUUGAAGCAGAGCAAACAGAAGAAGGAUUUUCCAAUGCUGGGAAAAUAACACCUAUUGUAUUCUUGACAACCAAAAGAGUAAUAAACAGUGAUAAUCUCUUCCUAUAAUGUGUAGCUGAGCAUUUGCCCCUGUACAAAUGAGCAAAGCAUGAGGGAUAAUUAAGUGUUUAAAGCAGUGGUUCUCAACUUGUGAGUCCCCAGAUAUUUUGGCCUACAACCAGAUGUUUUGGUCUACAACUCCCAGAAAUCCCAGCCAGUUUACCAGCUGUUAGGAUUUCUGGGAAUUGAAGGCCAAAACAUUUGGGGACCCACAGGUUGAGAAUCACUGGUUUAAAGCUUCUUGUGUAGGGAGACAGAAUGCUCGGUGAUGGUGAAAAGGAGGAAGAAGAGUUGGUGUGGGCUUUAGGACCUCAUCACAUUGAAGUUCUGGGGUUUGUAAUUUAGUGAGGUCCAAAACCUCUCUGGCUGAACAGUUUAAAAGACCCUCCCUAAACUACAAACCCCGUAAUUUGUAGGAGGCAGCAGCAGCAGCAGCAUUUAAAGUGAAUAGAUAAUCUAGUGCAGGCAGUCUACCACUGUUAGACAUGGUUGGAGCUGAAGUCCAAAACACCUGGAGGGCUGAAGUUUUCCCAUGCCUGUUCUAGUGUGAUGAGGUCUGUCGCCUUGUCUCCUCCUCUCACUUUGACAAGCACUAGCUUGCAGUUAGGUCUCCAAGGAAAAACAGGGCAGCUGAAGGAGGCGCCAGAUUCUUAGGCUUGAAUGUCUUUCUGUUCCUUCUUUUAGUGUGGAGCAGUACAUGUUCAUGUUAGUACUUGUCCUGGUAUGAGAGUUAGGCAAAACACUUGUCCUUCCACUUAUCUCCCGCCCCACCCCUUUUCAGGAAGUUGAUGAUUAAUGUGAAUGCAUUGUCCUAACAAGAUUUUGAAUUACUUAGUUUAGCUUUUAAAAUAUGCACUGUCCAGAAGCAAAACUCUCUAAUCAUGUGUGUCUCACUUUUUUUAAAUCUAUGCAUAAGGCAUUCUUCCCAUGAACUGUUCCAUUCUAAUUGAGUUCCUUUUUACCUCCCUAAUUGGAAAACUAAAACCUCCUCUGUGUUGACGAAGGCUUUCAUGGCCAGAAUCACUGGGUUGCUAUGAGUUUUCCAGGCGGUGUGGCCAUGUUCCAGAAGCAUUCUCUCCUCACGUUUCGCCCACAUCUAUGGCAGGCAUCCUCAGACGUUGUGAGGUCUGUUGGAAACAGAGAUUGUGAGAUCUGUUGGAAAUUUUCAUGGUUUCCUCCUUUCUGUUGAAAUUGUCCACAUGCUGUGUCUGGGUUGGUUCAUCAGGUGCUCUGCUAGGCCAUUCAAUGUUAAUCAAGAUGGCSAAUUGCAAACAUUCACACCUACUUCCAAAUGACAAGAGUUCUUUCUCCCRCCCUGGACAUUAUUCCACAGAUAUAUAAACCCAAUUUUCCUAGUUUCCAACAGACCUCACAACCUCUGAGGAUGCCUGCCAUAGAUGCACUYGAAACAGAAAGGAGGAAACAAUGAAAAUGAACAAAAUCUGGCUACCAGUAUUAAAAAAMUCUAUAGUCAGGAGAGUAAAUAAAGAGCAACACUAAAAAACAGGGGAAUUCCAAACAAGAAUCAAUCRGGGCUAGCUAACACCUCCCAGGCAGCAACCAGCCAGGCUUUGAAGCUGCAAGGCCAUUAAAUGCUAAUCAAGAUGGCCAAUUGCAACAUGCACAUUUGCCUCAAGCAGCCRAGAUUUCUUUCUCCCAYCUUGGACAUUCCACAGAUAAAGAAACCUCACUUUCCUAGUUUCCAACAGACCUCACAACCUCUGAGGAUGCCUGUCAUAGAUGUGGGUGAAACGUCAGGAGAGAAUGCUUCUGGAACAUGGCCAUUCAGCCCGGAAAACUCACAGCAACCCAGUAAAACCUCCUCUACUGUAGUGCAGGAACACUGAGAGGACACCAACCUGUUUCAAGCUAUGGUACUCCUUUUGAUUAUUCAUUCUUAAGUACAAAACUCUGCUUGAAUUGCUUACACAACUUCAUGCGACUCUAUCCCUCUUCUCUGAAUUUAUUUGCACUCCGAGAAAAUGCUUUUGAGGGCAGAACUAAUCAAUUCAUUGUAUAAAUAUGUAGAUAAUGUUAGAGUUUGUAUUUUUUUAAAAGCUAUGCCUUUCAUAGUUAUCUGAGAGCAUGAUACAUGUGUACAGUAGGAACAUUAGAAUAAGCAAAAUAUGCUUAUCUUCCACCUCAUACUAUUUAAUUGUACCCCUGGGCUACUUACACAUGCCGGGGCAGAGGAGAGAAAACUGCUUGUUGUUGUACAUAAGGAAUUUAGACGGCAGCCUUAUGCCCUCUUUACUUGAAGUAAACACCAUUGAGCUCAGUAGGACUUUAAGCAGAUAUGUAUAGGACUGAACAUUAGACUUUGAUAUUCCAUGUGUAUAAAUUAGGACAGAGAGAACUUGAAAGUUUAUAAAUGUGCAAAUCAUUUUCGUUUCAUUGAUUGCUCCUACUCAGAUAAGACCAUAAGGAUUGAGAUUUAAAGAAGGGAUUGCAUAUAAAAACAGGUUUCUCCAUCUUGUGUUACAGGAUUGUAUUUAUUUUUGGAGUUGCAGGCACAUCAUAGCCUAGUACAUUUUCCCUAUGAGCCAGAUUCCUAUUUCAAAAAUCAUAUAUAUGUAAUUGCAUUGAGGCUUGUUAAAAUGCAUCCAGGAAUAUAAAUAUUUAGAGAGACAGACAAACAGACAGAAAUCUGGGCAGGGGAGCAGGCAGAGAUGAUCAGAUGGACAAUCAGCCAGAUUGAUCGAUGGAGAGGGAAUGGCUCAACCAAUAAAGAAGUUAAGCAUGCUGCUUGCUCACAGUUUCUCCAGUAGUUCUCAGUGUUAUCUGCUUUUCUUCAUGUGAAAGUGCUUGAGCAUAGCACUUAUCUAGGUAUGCACAUUUGUCCUUGCUGUGUGCUGAUAAGUGAAAAUGCAGGGGGGAAAACGGAAUGAUUCAAUUUUUGGCAAUAUGUUUUUACCUUUAUAACAGCAGAGAAGUGUGGAUUGCGGCACUGUAACUUGGUAAUUUACAUGGAUUUUCAGUGCAUUUUUCUACCAUAUCACCAUUUUUAUAAACUUAGGCUUGCACAAAGUAUUUCUGCUCAAGUAUUUUCCAAUGGGAAUAGUGGUUCAAAGCAACUCUGUGCUUUGAAGAAUGAGUGGCACAUUACUGGAUUUUUGCUGGGGUUUUUUAAUACACGCACUUUAAAAUUUCUGAAAGGCCACUAAAUAAGAUGAUUUGAAAUUGAGUUCCCUAUUAAAAGAAAAUUAAAAUGCAACCAUAUGAGAUAGCAGGAGAGGAUACUUUAGAUAUAUAAGGGUUAAUGCUGCUUCUGUGUUAGAAUCACAAUCAUAUCACACUAGUGACACACGAGUCACUAGUCAUCUUCUGUUGUGCAUUGAAAAUGCCCCUAGGACUGGUAUUAUGAAGAGCAUUUUGGAUUUCAACUCCCAGAAACCUCUGCCAGGAAGGCCAUUGCUCAAACUAAGGGAUUCUGGAAGCUGAAAGUCUAAAACAAGCAGUAUCAGUUUGCCUCAACCCUACAAUACCUAAACAUGGUGACCUGGUUUGCACCAGUCCAAAAAUGUGUCCUUGUGUUGACAGUAGUGCUCUGAAGGCCACUUUGGAGAUCAUUUCAAUUUUCUAAUAACACUCCCAUGUUUCACCUCUGCUGCUACUGAGCUAUGUGGUAUAGGAAACAAAACAGUCCACAUUUGUGUCUUAGUUCUGCUCCAGAAGUAAGAAUGGAGUAUGCAGCACUUGUUUCAUCUUUUAUCAUUAGAAUGAUAGGGAAGCAGGUUGCAAAUGGAUGUUUAUUCCCUUGCUAUGCUUCACACAUUGAACUUCCUCUGUGAGCAAUGGGGAAACAAAUUUUUUUUUCUGUUUGCAUUUUCCUUAACUUCCUAUUUUUUUCAUCUUUAUACCUUUCUUUUGUCUUUUCUCUCCCACCUUUUGUUCCUCUCUUCAGAGACAUUUUUCUUUUUAACUCCUAGUUUUUGCUGCAUGAUAUUCCCUAAGAACUGUGCUAGUAUUCAGGGAUAUGUGGUUUCUAUGAACAAUUUUUUUAAAGUCAGAAUCCUACACUAUGGUAAUGUAUGUGCCAAGAAAAGCUGCAGUCUGUAAAUUCUGGAAAAUACAUCUUUGGAGGAAUAAUUUACAGUAGUUCUGGUAAAGGAGCUUUGUAGAGCCAUUGUUCUAACACAAUUAUUUCCAAUUAUUUGGCCUUCCAGAUGUUUUGGACUUCUUCCCCCAUAAUUCCUGACUGUUGGUCAAGAUGUCCAGGACUUAUGGGAAUUGAAGUCUAAAACAUCUAUAGGACUAGAGUUUUGGGAUCACUGUUCUAACAGAUAAAAAGCUUUUUCAGCCCCCUGUCUUACCCAUCUUCUGAAAAACUGCUACUAGACAUUGGCCUGAACAUGCAAACCCAGCUUUGCAGCCUUGAGGACUAUAAACUUUAUUUAGAGUUCUGUUGAAAGAAGAGUUCAUCUUAUUCUUGAAUUUUCUAUGUUUUCACUGAAUGUUUGUCUCUGUGCAGCUCUGUCAAUAUUGAGCUGCUUCAACACCAUACGAGUGCCUACCUCCUUGUCUGCAUUUGUGUAACUGACAAUGUGCUUACUUAGAGGUAGUUUUACUGUCAGCUGAGGUCAAAUCAGAGCACUUUUCUUUUCAAAGAGAAAGUUAAUCAACUUAAGAACACUGACUUGUGUUUGCAUGUAUGGGCACAGUCCAUGGAAUUUCAUUGCAUGAAUAACUGCUGAUUCACAAAAAUAUGUGCAUCACUUGAUUUCUCAUCUUUUGAUGACACCUGAGGGUUUUUUUCCUGAAUGACUGCAUUGAAAAAUACAGUGUUUCAGAUGAAGCUGGGUAAUCAUUCUAGCUUCAUGUUGACUCUGGUAACAAUAAUAGUGAUAAAUGGCAAUGAAUCACUUGAUGUUUCCACAGACAUUGAUAGCUGUUCUUCAGUUACCAAGGACUACUUUCCUUAAGAUAUAGAAGAAACAAAUCAGGAAGAAUAGAAAGGCAUAAUCUUAAAAUUAUUUUGUCUGUAGAGUGAUAAUUCGCAUGGUAUUGACCUCUCUCAAAAGGUAUUCUGCGUUCAUCAUUAAUUCUGUGAUUAUUUUUGUUAAAUUGGUUCCUGAAACAAAGUUGGGUGCACUCACAUCUCAGUUUUCUGUCAAUUCCAUAAUAUUGUCUGAGAGUACACAAUCUUAUGUGUAUUUUAUUUGUAUUUUAUUCAUAAUCAUUGAAAUGCAGGGUGGUUUAAUGUUGUGUAGACAACAGUAGGUGGUGCUAGAAAACUCUUUUAGAGACUUCUAGCCCCCAAAAAUGUAAGGGGAGAUGUUGCCAUAUCUAUGUAAAUUUAUCUGAAUCACAGCAUUUUUUCCACAAUGAAAUAGUUUUAUUUAUUGAUUUUAUGUGCUGAUAUUUUCACUAUGUCCAAUCUUCCACUUGUAUGUAUAUGUAUUAAGACAAACGUUAUGUAAAAUAAUGACUUGUUGAUUUAUAUUAUGUAGAUAUUCCUGUACAAAUGAAGAUUCCCAAAUCCUGAGACAUUACGAGCUAUACAUGUGUAUAUAUCAGACUUUGAAAUAAUAAACACCAUGAACAAAUGCA